AUCUUCUUCACUUCUCAGAGGAGGCUUUUCAAAUACGACCAAUGUGUGAAGACGAGGAUAAUUUUCGCGCGAUUGAAAUGCCUCCUGCGGAUCCUAUGAUAGAAAUGCCUCUCUCGGGUUCAAACAUUCUUAACGUGCCGUUGGAAAAAGACUUGCACGUUUUGUCUGACAUGGUGUCUGAUGAGAGAUUGAAUAUGGCUAUGAAGGAUGCAACAUGCCUGGAUUUUGGCUACUUGGAUAAGGACUUACACUUUAUGCUUAUGUGUGAUGAAGAUGUCUCAUUAGACCUGGAGAGACUACAUAUCAACGCGGAAGAAGACAUCCUGGAGAGGACAAGUAACGUCACUAUUACAGAAGAGAUUGAAGAACAACAGUUAUCUCAGGAAAUCCAUAGUCCAAUGCUCGUGGAUAUAUUCAGUAAUCUCACAGAGAGACUGCCUUUAACUCCACAGAAACGAGCUACAAAGGAACCACGUGAAACACAAGUGGAAACACCUACGAAGAGAAGACGUUUAUCCUUUGAAGGUGCAACGAUGACCGAACCUCCUGGUCCUGUAGAGGAUGUGACACGGCAAGCGGACAUCGAAUUGGAAUCUGUACACUCGAGCUACUUCGUGGUUCAUCCUGCGGAUGUGAGUACACUCAAGAGGACAGAUAUUGCAAUUGCCGAACCUAUAGACAGCACUACAAACAUUCUACCAGAUGCAAUUCACGAAAUGGAUGUGGACGUGCCAAUGGUACCGGAGGUGGUACAUGAUAUGAUUACUCUAGAAGGCACUGGCAUCGGGCCUAGACCGCAUCAGGAAAACUCAAAUAUAGCUGACACUAGUGAAAGCUUCGAGGAUAUCGAAAAAUAUUUAUUAAAAAAACAGCAACCUGUUUUACAAGUACAACACAUUCCAGCAUCUCCGGCCAUCUCUCGCGGUUCCUCGCAGCCUCAACUGACGAGUCAAGAGUUGUAUGCUCUAUUACAAGUUUCAUGGUGUGACAAAGAAUUCGUCAAAUUCGGAAAUCUUAUUCCAAACGAGACGUACACAAAAAGGGAUGCUGCUACUGCCUUCGGGAUACUUCUUGGUGUAAAAAAAUGCUUCCUUACAAAGCGUACAAAAACCUUUAAAAUUACGGUUAUUUUAUCCAUUUUUACAAAUAUCAAAAAGUAUGCAUUUUUUAAUAGAAAGUACCGAAAUAAAAGUUGUAGAGAUUUAAAUUAUCUUUUAUAUGAAAUCAAAAUGAUUGUAGUAUGUUUCAUAGGUUUUGUGCCCCUUCAACUUCAAUACACUUUCGACUUAAAUUAAACGGGGAGGAAAUCCGUAAAGCGACGAGAUCGCUCACUACUCGAUGUCGAAAGUGUAUUGAAGCCGGAGAGGCACAUUUUGAGAACAAUUAGUUUUUCACGUUUUUGUUUAUUUUCUACUACUACUUCUACUAAACUCAUGUUACAUAAAUUUUGAAAACCUGAGAAAUCUAUACGAUAUAACGAUUCACUUAUUCACAUUUCUGGUUAUAAAAAUUUCCCCCUUUAUCUCCCUUGUUCUAAUUUUCUAGGAGAAUUUCUGCACAUAUCGACAGUAAUGAAAUUAGAACCUUGUAUUUAAAAUAAUAGGUAGAAUAUGA